GUCACCAGCGUUUGCUGUUUCCUUCACCCCAACUGAAUUGCCAGCCCAGUGCCGACUCCCGUGCGCCAUAGACGACUACCAUACGACAUUGUACUCUCCUUUUCUUUGUAUAACUGCGCCCACGAAAUCGACCUGUUCUAUCGUGUCUAAUUCCCAAGAAUGGGUGUUCCCGCUCUCUUCCGCUGGCUCAGCAGAAAGUAUCCUAAAAUCAUCUACCCUGUUGUCGAGGAGGAGGAGAUCAGAGUCCCAGGCGAUGGCGAAGUCCUCAGCAUCCCGGUCAAUAUGUCCAUGGCGAACCCCAACGGCAAAGAAUUCGAUAACUUGUAUCUGGAUAUGAACGGAAUCGCCGCGCCUCUGACGGAAGAAGAUAUGAUGAUUGAGAUAUUCAAAUACACCGAGCGGGUGGUCAAUAUGGUCCGACCUCGUAAGAUUUUGUUCAUGGCUAUUGAUGGCGUUGCACCAAGAGCCAAGAUGAAUCAGCAGCGCUCGCGACGAUUCCGUGCCGCCCAGGAGGCGAAGGACAAAGCGGCUGCGCAGGAGGAAGCCAACGCCCUGUGGCGAGCUAUGGGCAAGACGGUUGAGGAAAAUGACCGCGAGGCCUGGGAUACCAACGCCAUCACACCCGGUACACCCUUUAUGGAGCUUUUAGCUGCCUCUCUGCGCUUUUGGGUCGUGCAUAAGAUAAACACUGAUCCUGGGUGGAAGAAUCUUGAAGUCCUUAUAUCCGACGCCGGUGUUCCUGGAGAAGGAGAACACAAAAUCAUGGAUUGGAUUCGGCGUCAACGAGUCAGUCCUGGCCACGACCCUAACACGAAGCACGUCAUUUACGGGCUAGACGCCGACCUGAUCAUGCUGGGGAUCGCGACACAUGAGCCGAAUUUCUGGGUCCUACGUGAAGAUGUGUUCAUGGACGCAGCGAGUUCUACCGCUUGCCGCAAAUGCGGUCAAGAGGGACAUUAUGCUGCGCAAUGCAUGCUGACGCAGGAGCAAAUCAAGCAGUCGAAGAAAGCGAUAAGCGACGAAGAAGCUGCUCUAAAGAAACCUUUCAUCUUCCUUGACAUUGCGAUUCUGCGUGAAUACCUCGUCGUCGAAUUGGACGUCCCGGAAAUCCCGUUCAAAUUUGAUUUUGAGAUGGCGGUGGACGAUUGGGUGUUGCUGAUUUUCUUCGUUGGGAAUGAUUUCUUGCCGCAUUUGCCGUCAUUGGAGAUCAGGGAGGGUGCGAUUGACACGCUUUUGACGAUCUGGAAGACGGAACUUCCCCGAAUGGGAGGGUAUCUGACGGAUCACGGUGAGAUCGUGCUAGAGAGAGCUCAGAUCAUUCUGGACGGACUGGCGCAGAGGGAGGAUGAUAUCUUCCGACGACGAAGGGAAGCGGAGAACAGACAAGACAGCAACGCGAAACGGCGCAAGCUGGAGGGAGGAAUGAAAAAUGAUAUCAGACCGUCGUCUAGUCUAGCUCUGACCUCUGGCCCGACUGCGCCUGUACAACAUCAUCAUUCCCUUCCUCCCCGACCAAACUUUGCUGCCAAUGCCGAUGCGCUUGGAUUUGGAACAGCGGCUGUGUCAUCAUCCACUUCGCCAGCUGCGGCUGAGCCAUCCCUGCCAUCGUCAUCUGCAGCAGCAGCAGACACCGCUACUGCGAUCCAAGCGCUGGCUGGAUCGAAUCGAGAUGUAGUUGCGAACCGACGUGCGAUUCGGAUGGCCAAUAUGUCUGCUGCUGAGAUGCUUAAGGCCGAAAUGGCCAGUGCCGUGCCUGUGAAACCGUCUGCGCAUUCCUCGCUUCCUGCUAAGCCACCACCGCCGGUCACCCCCCUUGUUCCGCCGAGCAUGCCGCCACCUUCUGAGAGCCCUGCGGCCGAUGUCGAUAUGAGUGAUGUCGCGACCACGUACUCGACCACUUCCACCCAUCUGUCCACCGCUUCCGCAGAUUCUUUGGCUGGCUCGAAGCGCAAACUGUCUGAGGUGAACGAGUCUGAGCAAGAUGCCGUUGGUGAAGACGAAGAGGACACCAGUGCGCCUGCGAAUGUGUCGGCUCCCAAAAAGUUGAUAGUGAACCCCGACGGAACAGUCGAGCAGGAGGAUGUUGUCAAAUUGUGGGAACCAGGCUACAAGGACCGCUACUAUGCGCAAAAGUUCCCCGAUGCCGUGCUGGAGUCGGAUUUCAAGAGGAAGAUCACGACAGCCUACGUCGAGGGUCUCUGCUGGGUGCUCAAGUACUACUACCAAGGCGCACCAUCCUGGCAGUGGUUCUAUCCGUACCACUUUGCGCCGUUUGCUGCUGACUUUGAGAACGUGAAGGACAUGGAUAUCCGAUUCCAGCUGGGGAUGCCGUUCAAGCCGUUUGAGCAGCUGAUGGGAGUGUUCCCCGCUGCAAGUCGCAAACACAUCCCGGAGAUCUUCCAUCAGCUGAUGCUGGAUGAGCGGUCUCCGCUCCGUGGCGGGGACAAGGAGAACGAGAAGCCGAGCCCCGACUUCUACCCCGAAGAGUUCGAGAUCGACAUGAACGGGAAGAAGAUGGCGUGGCAGGGGGUCGCUUUGCUGUCGUUCAUCGACCAGGACGUGCUGCUGUCGUCGAUGGCGCAGCCGUAUGCGUUUCUGCCGGCUGAUGAGCGGCCGGCACUGACGGCUCAAGAGAUGGAGUUGGCGAAGAACGAGCCGCCGUAUACGGUGUUCUUGAGUGAGGGCGAGCGGCGGCGGAAUGCGUGGGGCAAAAACGUCAUGUUCGCUGCCGACGAGCAUCCGGUUUAUCCGGUGUUCGAGUCGUUGUAUGGGAAGAGGAAAACGCAAGAUCCCGUCGUGCUGGACCCGAAGCUGAGCAACGGCAUCUCGGGCAGCAUCGCGCGCAACCCCGACUGUCUUCCCGGCUCUACGUACCCCAACGUCAACAACCUCCCGGGAAUGGAGGACGUGCGGAACGACCGGUCGCUGUCGGUGGUGUACUACUUCCCGAAACAGGUCACGCCACACCGCAGCGUUCUGCUCCCGGGGGCGGUCAAGCCGCGGCGCGUGCUCACGGCGACCGACCUGGAGAUGGCGCGGAGGGCAGCGGCGGGGCGGGGGCGGGGGAGGGGCGGGCCGCGAAAUGAUUCGUUCCAUGCCAGUCGUGCGGCGAGAGACUCGUAUGGCUCACAUAAUCAUAACGGCGGUUAUGGGAGGGGAGGAGGAGGAGGAGGAGGAGGGGGCGGAGGGCAUCACAGUGGCGGAGGUCAUCACGGUGGAGGAGGUCAUAAUGGUGGCGGCGGGGGCUAUAAUAGCGGCGGUGGCGGGUAUAACGGUGGAAGUCAUCAUGGUGUUGGCGGAGGGUACAACGGGGGUGGAGGGUACAACGGAGGCGGAGGGUACAACGGCGGGGGCGGGGGCUAUAACGGGGGAGGGCAGAAUGGCGCAGGGGGAUACGGGGGAUACGGCUCCGGCCAUAAUCCUUCUCCGUCGUAUGGCGGAGGGGGAUACGAUCAGUCGCACGGUGGCGGAAAUUACCGAGGACCUCCGCCUCCCCAACAGCAGCAGCAGUACGGCGGGUACGGUGGGCCGCCUCCUCCGCAGCCACAUCAAGGUUAUGGCGGCGGCGCGUAUCAGCAACCGCCGCAGAACGCGUACGGACGAGGGCCACCCCAGCAGACGAAUUAUGGCGGAUACGGCCAGGCUCAAAGCUAUAACGGCAACAACAACAACUUUGGGCCCGGGCACGGACGCGGCGGGUAUAAUGGAUCCGGCCGUGGUCGAGGGUGGUAG